AUGUGGCCUCAUGGGCUCCUUCUGACCCUGCUGCCCCGGCUGUCCGGGUCUUCCGGCGCGGGAAGCGCCAGCGCCUCGGCGGCGCUGCAGACCUGGGCUGCCAAGGGCCAGGUGGAGCGGCUGCCGAUGCUUCUGGAAGCUGGUGCAGAUGACUUGGCCGGCAUCACGGCCUUGCACCUGGCGAGCCGCAACGGACACCUGGCCAUGGUGGACGCCUUGCUGGCGCAGCGGGCGGAGGUGAAUGUCGCCGACCUGGAGGGUGUGACACCGUUGCAUUGGGCAGCGCAGCAGGGGCACAGCGAAGUGGUGAUGGCCUUGCUGAAGGCCGGUGCCUUCGAAGCCUUCGUCCGGGGCGUCCCUUGCGCCGCGAGCCCGCUGCACUGGGCCGCGGCGGCGAGUCCCGCGGCGCUGCGCUGGCUGCUGCUGGCAGGUUUUCAGGUCGAUGCGCUGGACGUGGAUGGCCUGACGCCCCUGAUGUGGGCCUGCUGGGCCGGUCAGACCGAGCCUCGGGUCGUGCGGGUUUGGUCGGGUUUGGUCGGGGUUGGGGCGGUCGGUGAGAAUGGUGGGAUGGUCCAGGAAUCCGUGGAGAACCUGUUGGCCUCCGGUGCCUCCGUCCACCACGUGGAUGGAGCCCAUCAGACGGCGCUGCACUGGGCGGCGCGGGGCGACGACCCGGAGGUGGUCUAUGUGUUGUUGGCCUUCGGGGCCGAUCCAGAGGUGCAGGAGAGGUGGAUCCGCUGUGAGGUGGAUCCGCUGGUCAUCGCGUCAUCGACCGGCGGCGCGCGCCGAGAUGGCGGGCUGGAGAUCGCAGGGAAGGAGUGGAUGCCAAGCUGGCGAGGGAGAAGCGAUGGAAGCGACGGCCGUGGAAAGAAGGAGAUGCUGAGUUUGCUGGUGUUUGGUGGCGAGGCGGCAGCGGCCGCGGUGCAGCUCUAUCACGUGGGGCAGAAGGUAAGGCAGUGGUUCGACACCAAAAUCAAGGCGGUGAAUGUGAACUCCCAAGGCCAGUUGCUCUCGUACGACCUGUCGGGCAAACCGCGCGCAGCGCCCGAGAAGAUCCGACCCCAGAAGCGCUUCGCCAAGGCUGCGGCGACGGUGAAGAGCGGCGCGGCGAAGGCGGCCGCGGAAGCCAAGGGCGAGGCGGCUGCGGUGGCCCAGGCGCACGAGGUGCAGGCGCAGGUGGCGCCGGAAGCGCCCAACGGUGCACAGACACAGGCGGCCAAAGAUCAGACGCCCAGGACGAGCACCGCGAAGUUCCAAGUGGGCCAGCAGGUCUUCUAUCUCAGCGGCCAGCUGAACCAGUACCUGCCAGCAGAAGUCACCCGACUGCUUCGGACCCCCUCCGGCGCGGCUUGGGCUGAAGGAUGGGUGACGGAUGGUGGGGCCGGUGGGAAGAGCGGGGGGCUGACCUGGUUUUGGUUCGUUCUCUCAGUGGUUUGGGCCGGGUAUGGCCGGGUGCACGACUUGUUGAGCCAUGGCUUUUUGGGCCGGAUCCUGACCACGGCCCAAGCAUCCAAGGCGCACCACGAGGCGCAGAGUGGCACCGAGUUUGGUGCGCGGGACACGUGCGCGGAAAGUACGAAGGAGUUGGGGGGAUUGUCGGAGGCUGAGAAGAAGAAGCGGAUCAUGGAGAAGAGGCAUGUCUUGGAGGAAGAGCUCGCCCUGCUUCGGCGACAGCUGGAGGAGCGGCCUCUCCGGCAGGAAGUGGUCGCGGCGCCGAGUGCCGUGCCUGAGGACUUGCAGGCCCAGCUCGUGCAGCUCCAGGCAGAGCGACAGCAGUUGGAAGCAGAGUGUGCGCGACGCACGGCGCAGAAGGAGGAGCUGGUGCUUCAACUGGAGGAGGCACUGGCGAAGUCGGAAUCUGUCCAGUUGAAAGAGCUACAACAGAGCCUUGAUGAGGCAGAGGCCGCCCAGCAGCGCUUGUCGCAGCAGUGGUCUUCUGCCAAGGAACAGCUCCAGCAUGCAAAGGCAGAAGGAGAUAUGCUGACUAGUGAGCUUCAAAAGCUGGGUCAGCAGCUCCAGGACUCGCAGGCGCAAACAGAAGCUCUUCAGCGCGAGUGUGACGAGCUGCGUGCCCGCUACAACAACCUCGAAGCUGAUCACUCUGACCUGAACCUCCGUGCUGAAGAAGCUCUCGCAGGGCACGAGGCCCUGACUGCUGAGCACCAGCGGGUGAUCGAGCAGGCGAAGCAACUGCAGAGUCGCCAGGGCUUGGAGGAUGAGGGCCUGCGAAAGACGCACCAGGCGCUGGAGGCCGAGCUCUUGAAGGUGCAGGCCGAGCGAGAUAUCCUCGCGAAGCAGGUGAAGGAUCAGGAGCUUUACACCGCAGCCAGGCAGGAAGACUUGAAAGCCGACGCCGAACGCUUGCGGGACGAGAACCUGGCGCGCGCCGAUGAGUGGAAAGCCAUCGUGUCUGAGCUUGCAGAUCUGCGAAGCAGCCGAGCAGCUCUGGAUACCAAGUGUGCGGAGCUCAUCGACAAGGCGGCAGACGCUUCAGAAGAAUGUCAAAAGCAGAGAGGGCUGGCCGAGAGCUUCCGAAGCGAGUCGGAGACCCUGAAAGGGGAGCUGCAGCAGCUUCAAAAGGCCGUCUUGGAUGCUGCAAGCCAGCAGCAGAUCACGGCUGAAGAGGCGGAGCGGCUCCGCAACGAGGCCGCCGAGUUGGAAGCCACGAGGCGAGCCCUGCAGCGGGAGGUGGACGAGUACCGACGACAGAUGGAGACCAGCAGUGUGGAAAGGGGUGCCUCAGAGGCGGAGCUGGCGAGGCUCGAGGCGUGUGCUGAGGCGCUGGCAGAGGAGAACCACCAGCUGCGGUCCAGGAUCGAUACGCUGGCGCCGAAGGACGCGGAAGAGGCCUAUGCUGCGGCCAUCAUUUCGGCUGAGCAAUGGGUCCUCUAUCACGCAGGGAUGCCAUUGGAAGGCACCAGCAUGCCAUAUCUCUCGGGCGUCACCAUCUCCUUUGCUGAGUUCUAUGCGCCCUUGCUGUCUUUGGUUUUUGCCAGUCCCCCUCAACAGCUCCGGUCGGCGGCUGCUGCGGUCGAGAGUGGUGAAUUGGCCAGGGCCAGCCUUCAAUGCUUCAGGCUUUGCGACGCGCAACGUGUGGGGCGUCUGACCUGGGAGGAGGUCCAAGACCUCUCAGACGCAGUUUUCCAGCGCAAGGGCCUUCCCACGCCUAGCCAGGAUGUCCAGUACUUGAUGUUCACCAAGUUCGACAAGGAAUGCGCUAGCAGACUCCACGCGCAGGACUGCCUUUGCUGGGUCGAUGCGCUCUUCCGUGCCAUGCUGAUGUCGCCAGCCGCCGUUGCGGCUCGCGUCUCUGAAGCUCCGGAGGGUCCCAUCGUCUCAGGUCCCAGGAGCGGCGCGGCGCCGGCGCCCUCGGAGGCGCGGCUCCUUCAAGAAUCGGUGGCCCAAGGACGCCUACAGAAAACGCUUGGACGAGGCACGUGAAGCGCUUGGACUUGGAGUUUGCAACCAAGUCCAGAAGUGCUGUUACAUGUGUAGUUAUAUAUAUGUUCUUUGUGGGAAGAGUGUGAAUUGAAGCGGAAGAGGGUCCCAGUAUAUGAAUGCUGCCAGUUGACGGGCUCGAUGGAAGAAGCUAUAUAGUCAUGUUCUGGAAACGAUCCAAGAAAUGUAGAAUUGGCAAUUGGAGGUUAGAUAGAAUAGAUUGAGACUAGCGGUUGCAAGAGUGAGAUUCCCUGACAAGCACCAGGCAUACUUGAUGAUCUUUCUGGAUGCUUCCCAAAUCUUUAAUCAUGUUUCAUCCAUUCUCAUACCAAAACCCUCCAGGGCUGGGUUUGUGUAGACGCCAAGGUGGUCUUUAUGGGCCCAUCGCAGACCACCCA